GUAUUGGCAUCAUGUCGAGCAUUUCUUCUAACAUCUCGGAUCCCCACCAAGCUAGAACUGACUUUCAGCUACUUGGAAAUCCAAGGAAUAACUUCCAGUAAACCAGGUCAGCUGAUCAUGGAAACGGAGAAAUGCACCAUUACCAUGAAGUUGGCGACCUCCGAGGACGUGAACGAGGUGCUGGCCCAUAUUGGAACCUGCCUCAGGAAGAUAUUCCCGGGGCUCUCGCCAGUGAGGAUUCUGAAAAAAGUAACUAUGGAGCCUUCAGAAAGACUGGCUAAUCUCCAGGCCCUGUGGGACAGUCAGACGGUGGCAGAACUUGGACCUUGUGGAGGCUUUUCACAGAUGUACGCAUGUGUUUGUGACUGGCUUGGGUUUCCCUAUAGAGAAGAAGUACAGUGGGAUGUUGAUACAAUUUAUCUGACACAAGAUACCAGGGAGCUGAAUUUGCAAGACUUCAGCCAUCUUGACCACAGAGACUUAAUACCUAUAGUUGCUGCUCUGGAGUACAACCAGUGGUUUACAAAGCUGUCCUCCAAGGACCUGAAAUUGUCGGCUGAUGUCUGUGAGCAGAUUCUGCGAGUGGUGAGUAGGUCCAGUCGCCUAGAAGAGCUGGUGUUGGAGAAUGCCGGGCUGAGAACAGAUUUUGCACAGAAACUAGCCAGUGCCCUAGCCCAUAAUCCCAGCUCAGGACUCCAUACGAUUAACCUUGCUAGCAAUCCACUUGAAGACAGAGGUGUAUCGUCUUUAAGUGUCCAGUUUGCCAAGCUUCCAAAGGGGCUGAAACAUUUAAACUUGUCUAAAACCUCCUUGUCACCUAAAGGGGUGAACAGCCUGUCCCAGUCACUGAGUGCCAACGCGCUGAUCGCCAGCACGCUCCUCCACCUGGACCUCUCAGGGAACGCUCUCCGCGGGGAUGAUCUCUCAAACCUGUACAAUUUUUUGGCUCAGCCAAAUGCACUUGUUCAUCUGGAUUUAUCCAACACGGAGUGUGCUCUAGAUAUGGUGUGUGGGGCUCUCCUUCGUGGAUGUCUUCAGCAUCUGGCUGUCCUUAGCCUCUCUAGGACACUCUUUUCUCACAGAAAAGGAAAAGAAGUCCCUCCGUCCUUCAAACAGUUUUUCAGCAGUUCACUUGCUUUGAUGCAGAUAAAUCUUUCAGGAACUAAACUCCCUCCUGAGCCUCUGAAAGCGCUUUUAUUAGGCCUGGCUUGCAAUCACAAUCUGAAGGAGGUGUCUUUAGAUCUCAGUAGCUGUGAGCUUGGUCACUGUUUGAGAUCGGGAGGUGCACAAGUCUUGGAAGGAUGCAUAGCAGAAAUACACAAUAUCACCAGCCUAGAUAUUUCAGACAAUGGCCUAGAAUCUGACCUCUCAACCCUUGUAGUCUGGCUUAGUAAAAACCGAUCGAUAAGACACUUGGCGUUAGGCAAAAACUUUAACAACAUGAAAUCCAAAAAUCUCACUCCAGUACUUGAUAAUUUAGUUCAGAUGAUUCAAGACGAGGAUUCACCCCUGCAGUCGUUGUCCCUCGCAGAUUCCAAGCUGAAGACUGAAGUCACCAUCAUUAUUAAUGCUUUGGGCAGCAAUACGUCUCUUACGAAAGUGGAUAUUAGUGGAAAUGCCAUGGGAGAUAUGGGAGCGAAGAUGCUAGCCAAAGCCCUACAGAUCAACACAAAGCUCAGAACCGUAAUAUGGGACAAGAAUAACAUCACUGCACAGGGCUUCCAGGACAUAGCAGUGGCACUGGAAAAGAAUUAUACUUUGAGAUUCAUGCCUAUACCUAUGAACGAUGCUUCCCAAGCACUGAAAACAAACCCCGAGAAAACAGAAGAGGCGCUGCAAAAGAUAGAAAACUACUUGCUUCGUAAUCACGAGACCAGAAAGUACCUGCAGGAGCAGGCGUACCGGCUGCAGCAAGGCAUCGUCACCAGCACCACUCAGCAGAUGAUUGACAGAAUAUGUGUUAAAGUGCAAGAUCAUCUCAACUCUUUAAGAAACUGUGGUGUGGAUGUUGUACAGGAAGAUGUCAAAUCUGCAGAAAGGCUUAUGAGGGACGCGAAGAACUCCAAAACGCUGUUACCAAAUCUGUACCACCUUGGUGGAGCUUCUUGGGCAGGAGCAAAUGGUUCACUUUCCAAUCCAAUCCAAAUGACUCUUGAAUCCAUGGCUGGAGAAGUCACAAGAGUUGUUGAUGAGCAACUUAAGACACUGCUUGAGUCUAUGGUGGAUGCAGCAGAAAACCUUUGCCCAAACGUAAUGAAGAAAGCUCAUAUCCGGGAAGACCUGAUCGAGGCUAGCACUGAGAAGAUUUCCAUCCCACGCACUUUUGUGAAAAACGUCCUUUUGGAGCAAUCUGGAAUUGAUAUCCUCAAUAAAAUUAGUGAAGUAAAGCUGACAGUGGCCUCUUUUCUGUCCGACCGAGUUGUAGAUGAAAUCCUGGAUGCACUUUCCCACUGCCAUCACAAAUUGGCUGACCAUUUGACCAGACGUGGCAAACCACUUCCAUUACUGGAGAUUAAUUUAGCUGAAGAAAAACCUACUAAACGCUCUAUUAUCACGGUUGAGGAGCUGACAGAGAUAGAACGUUUGGAAGAUCUGGAUACUUGUAUGACUCUCUGCUGUACAAGUAUGACUCCUAAAUCAAAAAGGAAAAGCAUCCACAGUAGAAUGCUUCGGCCUGUGUCUAGAGCUUUUGAAAUGGAAUUUGAUCUAGAUAAAGCACUGGAAGAAGUACCUAUCCAUAUAGAAGACCCACCAUUUCCUUCCAGCAGGCCAGACAAGAGAACUUCUGGAUUCAUUUCAGAGCUGCCAUCAGAAGAAGGGAGAAAACUAGAACACUUUACAAAAUUAAGGCCCAAAAGGAAUAAAAAGCAGCAGCCCAGCCAAGCAGCAGUGUCUGCUGGAAUGUCUCAAGACGGAGAACAGAAUGGCCUCAUGGGGAGAGUGGAUGAAGGUGUGGAUGAAUUUUUCACCAAGAAAGUGACAAAAAUGGAUUCAAAGAGACCAUCAACAAAAAGUUCAGACAGCAGUGAGCCCAGUGAAGCAGGUGAAGAGAAGAAGAAAAGGGAUUCCAGGAAGAGUGGCUUUCUUAACUUAAUCAAAUCACGAGGCUCCAAAUCUGAACGUCCUCAGACUGUUUUGGUGUCAGAGGAGCCCUCCUCACCCAAGGCUGCUGCAAAAGGUUCAGCUGUGGACGCAAGUAAGAAGGAGGCCAAACCUGCAGAGCAGAAUGGUGGUUCAGAGCGGUCUGAGGAGCUAAAGACGCCAGACUCAAUCGAGGAGGUACAGCCAGAUGAUGCUGUGAAGGCCGAGAGAGGUGACAGCAAAGGAAGCCCACAAGGGGGUCGGAGGUACGGCGUGCAGGUGAUGGGCAGCGGCCUGCUGGCAGAAAUGAAAGCCAAACAGGAGAAGAGAGCAGCCUCUGCCCAGAAGAAACUUGGGAAUGACAUAACUCCCAGAGACUCUUGUGACACAGCGGUGAGCUCCGAACGACUGGAUGGAAGUGGUACAGUGCCUAAACUCCAGCAGACUCUUCCAGAGAAUCGGUUCACCCCAAGUAAAGGUGACUCCAUCUCAGCAUCAUCAGAAAAAAAUGCAAAAGCUGAACCAAAGGCAGAAGCUGGCACAAAGGCAAGAGGUUCUUCCAAUGCUCCUACCAGCCCCAAGCCCCCUCUGCAGCCCUCCAAGCCCAGCCUGGCGGCACGGCCCACGCUCCCGCAGAAACCCCGUUCUGCCUCUCGCACUGGUGAGCAGCUCUUGGGGGCUUUGCUUCUCCUUGGCAGGGUCCUUUUGGAGCUGAUCCUCUGGGUUGUGAAGGAGAGACCCACGGCCCAGCCCUGA